AUGAAUACUUCUGCUUCUAAUUGCUAUGGCCGUGUAUACAAAUCUCGAAAGUCACGUCCCUGCGAUUUCUGCCGCUAUCGUAAAGUCACUUGUGAUAUGCCCCAUGGGCCUCCGUGUCAUCGAUGCGCGAACAAAGGCCAACCCUGCACAUUUGAGGAUGAACCUGGCCCUCGGAAAAGGACGAAAAUAGUGAAUUGGUUUUCAGAUCUCGAAGCUUUUCAAGACGCAGAUCCAUGGGGGCAUGUUUUACCCGAUGGUGUGUUGGGCCCAGGGAGCGAACAUGUUCUGGAGCAGGACAAUGAUUUAAAUGCUGAGGGAAUGGGGUUUACUAUAUGCGACCAAAAUUCCCAGUUUCCAAUAAACAGCCCAAAUAGCGGCUCCGAAGUUGCGAACAAAAGCGUUUCAACUUACAGCAGCCCUGGCAUGCAAAUGUCGCCUCAACCUGUCAGCGUCCUGCCAUUCGAUAGCUUUCCGGUACCUGGGAGCGGUCCACCUCGCGUUCAUUCACUAGAAGACAUCCCGAAUGCCUUCAGCUUUUAUAUAGGUCCAACCGGAGUAUCGGACGUUCAUGUUCUGAGCAACCAACCCUACGAUAGUGAGAAUGUUUCUCUGCCCAAAGUCAACGGAUUACGGUACCGCAUUGUGAAUUCCUCAGUCGGAGAUAACAACGAGCAUUUAUCCACCACUCGAACCGUUUUCGGCAUCACAGACCACUCCCUAAUAGAUAAAGCGCAACCAAAGCUCGGCUAUGACGGAAUUGAAGAUGCAUGGGUUCGCCUCUGGGGUAUGGUGGAUACAACGGCAGCAUGGCGAAUGGUACAGCUAUUCGCACGCUAUAUCGAUCCAUACUUUCCGAUUAUUUCUAAAAAUCAGAUUCCAUCAUCACCUUCAGAGAUAAAGUUCAUGCCACUUGGACUGUUGACAGCAAUGUGCGCCACCGCUCUUCCUUUCAUGAUGUACGAUGAGACGCUAUAUACACUCUUACUACACCCGCCACAAGCCGAGGACCUGUAUCAGCUUUGCUGGCUUGCUGUGUCUCAAGACCUCCAUGCCCCUUCACUCGCAACUUUACAGGCUUGUCUUUUGCUUCAGCAGCGACUACCUAGCAAUAUGUAUCUUUCUGAUACCGCGUUCGCCUGGACUCUCAUGUCCACUGCACUGUCCGUUGCGCAAACUAUUGGCUUACACAGAGAUCCAGAAGGCUGGGCAUCUGUCCCUACAUGGGAGCGUAAUGUGCGCCGGCGUCUCUGGUGGGGUAUCUACAUCAUGGAGAAGUGGGUAGCCUUCACGCGAGGAAUGCCAAGUCAUUUUCAUGAUGAUGACUAUGAUGUAUCUGGUCUUACGCGAAAUGAUUUUGAUGAUUGCUUGUCUUCUCAAUGUCUCAAUACAAAAACGCAUAUUCGACACCUAGCCGUCCUCACUAACAUCCUAUCUGAUAUUCAAAAAGCAUUCUACAGUGUCAAAGCAACCUCGAAAACCUCUCAUAACCUGACUUACUCCUUGGAAAUCGCGCGACCGAUGCGGACAAGAUUAAAGGAAUGGCGUGAAAGGCUCACAGUGCACCUAUUACCAAGAUUUGAUCCCGCCAUUGAGUCGGCAGCUGCCCAACGGGUUGAUGAGUUAGAUGGUAACGGCUCUCUUUACUUGUGCUACAUUGUCACGCAUGUUGCUUUAUUGAAAGCAUUGCUCCGACCGCUGGGCCAGUGGCCAGGGAUAGCUUUGAAUGAUCCGGAAAACAUGGAAGUGAUUUUCAAAACCGCUAAAGCUAUCAUAAAGGGUGCAUUGGUUUGUGUGAAAGAGUUCGUUGAGUUCGUGGAGAAACUCACCGGGGCACAGUGGAAUUCCUUCUGGCACAGCUGUGAGUAUACCCCGUGCUUUGUGGCGACAAUGCUGUGA